GUAUAGAUAUAGAUGCCGCGAGUAUUUAAUGUAUUAUAUAGAUAUAGUAACAUCACAACUGCAAAAAUAUACGCAGUGGAACUUUCAGUGUUUGCCAGUCUCGCAUCAAUUGCUAAUAUUAACGAACUCGAACAUGGAAAUGUUAAAUUUAGUGAUUUUCACUGUUUGUUUGGGUGCGAUUGGUGUGCUAGUUUACUUUUAUUGGCAAAUGAACUUUUGGAAACGAAAAGGAAUUCCUCAAAUUCAGUGUCUACCAAUUAUUGGUAGUCAUUUUAAACUUAUUACUGGAAGAAUAGCAAUAAGUGAUUUUGUCAAAUAUCUAUACAGUUGUCAUCAAGAUGCAAAAUAUUUUGGUAUGUUUGAUUUUAAUACACCACUUUUAGUCGUUCGUGAUCCUGAUCUAAUUAAAGAAAUUGGUGUAAAGAGCUUUGAACAUUUUCUCGAUCAUAAAAGUUUUCUCGACGAAACAAUGGAUCCUAUUUUUGGUAAAAAUGUAUUUUCAUUAAAAGGCGAUCGUUGGAAAGAAAUGAGAAAUACACUGAGUCCAUCAUUCACAGCAGCAAAAAUGAAAUUUAUAUUUGAAUUGAUUGAUAAAUGCGCGAGUGAUUUUGUUCAAUAUUUUCUUGAUCAUUCUGAUGAAACGAAGUCUAUUAAUACCAAGGACGCGUUCACGAGAUACACGAAUGAUGUAAUAGCCACUGCCGCUUUUGGAAUCACAGUCAAUUCCAUGCAAGACAAAGAGAACGAGUUUUAUGUGCAUGGAGCGGAUGCAUCGUCAUUCAGGGGUUUUUGGCGAUUCGCAAAAUUCAUAAUGUUUCGUAUGUUUCCGAGUUUUUUACGAUUAAUUGGCGAACCUUUUGUGUCUCGAUCGUCGGCACGAUUUUUCAAGGCUGUGAUACGUGAGACAUUGAAUGAAAGAGAAAAAAAUAAGAUCAUUCGACCCGAUAUGAUUCAUUUGCUUAUGGAGGCAAAAGAAAAGGAGGAUGGUAUUAAUUUGUCUGUUGAUGAUAUUGUUGCACAAAGUUUUAUUUUCUUUUUGGCCGGUUUUGAGACCUCAUCAACACUAAUGAGUUUUCUCACACACGAACUGGUAAUGAAUCCGGAGAUUCAAGAAAAAUUACGUAACGAGGUGGAUAUGAUUAUUGAAAGAGACAAUAGUAAAAUCACAUAUGAAACACUUUCUAAAAUGAAAUAUCUUGAUAUGGUUGUUUCUGAGUGUCUUCGAAAAUAUCCACCGUCUCCGGUUGUUGAUAGAGUGUGCGUGAAAACGUACACUUUACCAAAACCCACGCCGGAUAGUAAUGAAUAUAUCGUAGAACCGAAUACAUCAAUUUGGUUCCCAGUAAAUGGAAUACAUCACGAUCCAAAAUAUUAUCCAGAUCCAGAAAAAUUUGACCCGGAAAGAUUUAGUGAUGAGAAUAAAGAUAAUAUUCAUCCCUAUGCCUAUUUGCCUUUUGGACUUGGUCCACGAAAAUGUAUUGGUAAUCGAUUUGCUCUAAUGGAAACGAAAUUACUCAUUGUUUACAUAAUGAAACAUUUCAUUUUGGAACGUACUGAAAAAACGCAACAUCCACUUAAAUUUGAAAUCAGCGUCACUAUUGGAGUUCAAGGUGGUACAUGGGCAAAAUUUGUCAAAAGAACAUCAAAAGUAUCAUAAUUCGUAUGCAAUUAACAUUAAUAGAAUAUUUUUAACCCUUUAAAUAAUUUUUUUCAGACAACAUGAACAAUUUAUAUGAACAUUUAAUUUUGUAUAUUUAAUAGAAAAUAUUUUGUUAAUUUUAUACAAAGAAUAAAGUUGUUUUGUGAUAUUA